CUUUCCUUUUCCUCAUGAGACUGGUGCGGCCCCGCCUCCCCUGCCUCUAGUGACUGCAUGUCCCUGAAACUUAGUUAUAACAUGCUUUAUGCAGCCUAUUUUCCUUUUUUUCUUUUGCUGUAUUUGAAUCAUUUAUAAAACAUCUUUGGAUAUGAUUAUGAGACAUCUUCUGCAAACAAAUAUGUUAUUGAGACAAUGCAAGAUUAUUUUUAGCAGUUAUAACUCAGUACUAAAUUGUCAUACUAAACACACCAUACAUUCAGUUCCAUCUGAAAUGCCUGACAUUGAAAUGAAGGUUAUUCUUCUUUCCCAAUUUUAAAAAGUCUAUUCACAGAUGCUAAAUUUGAAUUUAAAAAACCCAAGAUUCUUAAAAAUAAUAUAUCAGUGUGUGAGACCACCUGUGAACAUAACUACAGAUUAACUAGAGAUGAUGUUGGGAAAGAAAGAAAUAUAUCACAAAUCUUUACAAUUCAAUAACACUUAUGACAGAGAGAUUUUCAAAUUAGACUCAGCUUUGCACAAAGUAAGGAGAGAAGCGUAGAGCAUGUUUUGUCUAUGCAAGGCUGAUCCAAUUUUAAAAAGCAAAUAUGAUUCUUAAGUUAUCUGUGACAUCCAUUCUCUAAUUGUGCCUCUGAUUUUCCUUCAAAGGGAUGAUAAAUAUGCCAAAAAUGGUAGAGAUGCCAAAGUUGUUUUAAAUGCUUUUAAUUGUAUUUUAGUGGUUGUGCUUGAGUUAUGUUGAUUGUUUAACAUUGUAUUUUAAUUAUGUGUGCUGCCAAGAGUCACAUGCAUGAGAUAGAUUGCUACAAAAAUUAAAUAAAAUAAUAGGGUAAGCUUAAAAUGACAACAUGUAACUUAUUUAUUUAUGCAUAUGCUGCCAAAAUCAUAUGCUUGCUUUUAGUUCACAAAGGGCUGAAGCAUCAAUAAUAAUAGACAUGAAAAUAAUAAUAAAAUAAAAAAUAAAAUAAAAACUAACUACAGGUUAGUUUUCCUAUUGGAUGUGUUUCUUCUAAUUAUCAAGGCUCAUACUCUCUUAUGAUGUCCGUUAUUUUGCCUUUGCUGUAAUUAGUGUAUAAUAGAUGAAAUUAUUAGCAGAAUAAUAAUUGAUCAAAAUAAAGUUCUUGAAGGUACCCUAGCAGCAAACCAUUUACAAUUUUAUAAGUUAUAAUUAGGAAUUAUAUUCAUAAAUCUAUUGAUAAACAACUAAGGUCAAAUAUAAUAUGCCAAUGACGUCUUCUGCAAAUUAGCAAAUGGACCAUGUAUUUUGUUUAAACCAAGCAGUUUAGAAGAUAGCUCCUAAUAGAACAUAUCUGAGUGGUCUCCUUUCAGCUUUUUUCGUUUCACUAGACCAAUGUGGAUAUGUGCAUAAUAGUAAAAUAGAUAUAAAAUAUGCUAUUGCCUCCACCUUUCAUAGCCUUUGUAGUUUUGUAGAAAACUUAAGUACUACUCAUUAAUAUUUCAAAAACCUUAUAUGUUUCAUAAGCAUGGUGAAGCUUUGUUUCUGUAUUUGGAGCAUCAGCAACUCCUUUGUAGUCUUUUGUUAUGGAUAUCAUCGGCUAAGUUCCUACAUUUUGUUUUUCUUUCUUUAACUUUUCUGGUUUGAAAAAGAAAACAUAGCUAAUAUUGAAUAUAAAUAUGCAAAUGUGGAUCCUAUCUCUGCCAUUAUACUACAAAUUUUAUCUGUUCUUUAAAAAAAAGUAUACAGGACUUAAAGUUUGAUUUGUUUUAAAUUAUAUUUCUUAGAAAUGCUGCUGAAUGGUUUUUUUCCUAUUUCCUAGCUUGAUUGUGGUUGCUUAAGUCUUUUAAUAUCUUUGAUGGAAUACAAACUACAUUUUGUAGUGUUUAGACUAGAAAUGCACAAGUAAUUUAGAAAAGUUGAAAUUAUGCUAUAUCCUCAGAAAACUGAAGAAGAUUUUUUUUUUAAACUUCAAGUGAACGUUUUGGAAACAAUAAUGUAUUUUGUGUUUGUUUUCCAAAGCAGCAUUAGUAACAGCAGUAGUUCUCAAGGUUUAUCCCAGCCUUCAACUCAAACAACCCAGUAUCUGAGAGCUGACACACCUAAUAAUGCUACACCAAUUACCAGUUCCUCAGGUUAUCCUACUUUACGGAUAGAGAAGAAUGACCUUAAAAGUGUAACUCUGAUGGAGGCAAAAGCUAAAGUGAAGGAUAUAGCAAUCUCCAGAGAAAGGAUAACAUUAAAAGAUGUUCUUCAGGAAGGCACAUUUGGUCGAAUUUUCCAUGGUAUUCUAAUAGAAGAGAAAGAUCCUAGUAAAGAAAAACAAAUCUUUGUCAAAACAGUAAAAGAUCAAGCUUCCGAAAUUCAAAUAACAAUGAUGCUGACAGAAAGCAGUAAACUCAGAGGUCUUCAUCACAGAAAUCUACUCCCAAUCACUCAUGCUUGUAUUGAGGAAGGAGAAAAACCAAUGGUGCUGUUGCCUUAUAUGAAUUGGGGGAAUCUCAAGCUUUUCUUGCGACAAUGCAAACUUGUAGAAGCUAAUAACCCUCAGGCAAUUUCUCAACAAGACCUUGUACAUAUGGCAAUUCAAAUUGCCUGUGGAAUGAGCUAUUUGGCCAGAAGAGAAGUUAUUCACAAAGACUUGGCUGCUAGAAACUGUGUCAUUGAUGAUGCACUUCAGGUAAAGAUUACAGAUAAUGCUCUAUCCAGAGACUUAUUUCCAAUGGAUUAUCAUUGCCUUGGAGAUAAUGAAAACAGACCAGUGCGUUGGAUGGCUCUUGAAAGCUUGGUUAACAAUGAAUUUUCUGGUGCUAGUGAUGUGUGGUCUUUUGGGGUGACUUUAUGGGAAUUAAUGACUUUAGGACAAACUCCAUAUGUAGAUAUUGAUCCCUUUGAGAUGGCUGCUUAUCUUAAGGAUGGAUACAGAAUAGCUCAACCAAUCAACUGCCCUGAUGAAUUAUUUGCUGUGAUGGCUUGUUGCUGGGCACUAGAUCCUGAGGAGAGACCUAAAUUCCAGCAGCUGGUGCAGUGUCUAACUGAAUUUCAUGCAGCAUUGGGAGCUUAUGUCUGACAAUCAACAUUCAACUUAAAAAACAUUGCUGCAUUUACAGAGAAAACAUUGCCAUCUAUUUAUACAACUGUAACUUCUAUCUUAAAAUACCUGGAAGAACAUUCUAUUAAUUUUUGUGGAGUCUUCGCAUAAUAUUAACAUCAUGAAGUCAGCAUACUACACAGUAGCUUCAGUAGAGGAUCUUUUUCCAAAAUCACCGUGCCUUAAAAGAGAUAACCCAUCCUGGAGAAGAUUUGGGGAUUAUUGGGGACAAUUGUGUGAAAAAUAAACUCUUCCAAUUUCCAAAAGAAUUCAUGUAAACGAGUUGACAAAAAUUUAAGGUUAAUUUUUGCAUUAUGUAGAUGGAAAUAACUGAGAAAUGGGAGAUGUCUAUUUAAAAAAAAAACCAAGAUUCAAGGGGCAAAAGUAAACCAUCCCUUUUUUUCUCUCUUUUCCUUAUCCCCCAAAGUCUUUUGUGUAUUGCAGCAUCAAAAUAUUUAAAAUUACUUGACUGGUUUGGGUGUUCGGGUUUGUAGUUGGAAUUCUUUGUAUCAAUUGCUUUUAUUUUAAGAUGAUAGCACAGUAUUGUUGAAACCACAAGUGGCCUUUUCUUAUUUUUUAAUCUCAUUUUUCAAUAACAGUUUUUAUUGCGGAAAACACUUUUAAGGUCAUUGUGCCCCUUCUAAGACAGCAAGAAAUUAUUUAAAGAUUAUGUAUUAUUCACUAAAAGUGCAUGUGGAGAUUCUCAGUCAUCCAGGUCAUGGUUGUCCUGAAGUUCCUAAAACAUCUUCAAGGAAAAACAAAAGUGCAGUUGCCUUUUGAAAAAGCACCCUUGGGACAUUCGUUGAAAAUAAAACUAAGUCUCAUGCUAAGUGAUAAAAAUCUGGUAACAUAUUAUUACAAAUGUUAAAAAUGUUGAAGCUGUCUUUUUAUUAGAAUUCUUUCAUCCUGGUUUAUAGAAUGCAAUUUUUCUUGUUAAAAUGGUACUGGUUUGUACGUGUAGGUUUUUUUAUGACCUGAAAAGGAAUAAAAUAUAUAUAUAUAUAUUUUAAAGAAA